AUUAAGUUCGGUUCAAUGUAGUUAAAAUGAACCAGUUUGCCACCUCUGCUGGUCCAGGGGCACGAAGAAAAGAAUUUCAACACACAAGAAGAUAUGGAAAAGCUUCAGAGGAAAAAAAGAACAGCGAACAUGAAUCUGAACUUCGUGUUCCAAGAAUGAAUGUGCGUAGAGCAAAUGAAAGAAAUUACAAUGGUGUUUCUUGUAACAGUGAUGAAAAUGUAUAUGGAGAAAUAGAUGUAAAUCCUAUCGUCUCUGUUUCAUUUCCUACGAAAAGUGUUGUUCAAGCGGCUAAAGAAAACGAUGCUCUACUAAACUUUAAUUUGAAAAUCAGCACAAACGAUAUUAAGAAUCAUACAGAAUCUGCAAUUGAUCAUUCUGGUUUUCACCCUUGCACUACAAGUCGAUUGGAAUCUGACCCAGAAAUAGGCAGUAACUUUUUUUGUCAUGAUUCAAUACCAGCACAAAAUAAUAAUUUUAAUGACAUGCUUUUACUGGAACAACCGAAAUUUAAAGUGCGCCCGAGACGCCAUGUUUAUCAUACAAUUGAGUUACCGGAUCGAAAUGACAUAUCUGAUGGUACCCCAUCAAACAAUCACAAAGUUAAAAUAAUCUCUUCACCUCCUAUUCCACCAAAACCACAUUAUCUUCGCUCUGGUUUUAACAGCAAGCUUCCCCCAAAACUUCCUCCUAAAGUUGUUAAUGCAAAUGCUGCAAUGAAGAGGAAACAACUUAAUGAGGAAUACUUUGAAAACAUUAGAAAAAGUAUGGACUUUAAUUUGAGUGAAAGUGAUGAAGCAGGUUUGCAAGAAGAAGCUAUUAGUAUUACAAUUCCAGGAACAGAAACUCAUCCAUACUGGACAAUAUCUGAUACAACAACCAACACAACUCAGAAUUUGACUACAGAAACUUCUUCCACCCAGUUAGAAACCCCAUUGAUCAAGAACACACCUUUAACAUUGGAUGUGCAUAAACAAAGAAGGCAGGAGUUUGUGGACAGUUUAAAAGCUUUGAAACAGUGUGGAUGGUAUUGGGGAAACAUGUCAUGGGAGGAUGCUGAAUCAAUGUUAGCACAAAGACCUGGUGAAGAAGGUGUGUUCUUGGUUCGUGACAGCCAAGAUCCUUUGCACAUAUUAACUUUAACAAUACGUUCAGUGGAACUAUCAAUACACCAUGUCAGGGUUGAACACACUGAAGGUAAGUUCCAGCUGUACGACCCCGAUAGAGGUGUAAGCAGAGGUGCAGCUAACUGUGUGAGACAUCCAAAUAUUGUAACUUUUAUAAAGCUUGCCAUGAAGCAUUCUCGGUCGGGUACUUUUAUUUAUUUCAUUAAGACACGAAACAUGGGCGUACCACCAGUGCAGAUCAGACUUCUCACCCCAAUUUCUCGUUUCACUUGUGUCAAGUCAUUGAAAUACUAUGUCCGAUUCACCAUCAGAGACUCUGUUCCUUAUGAUUCAAUCACAAACUUACCUAUACCACACGAUCUGAAGGAAUAUCUUCUCAAUUCACCAUAUUUCGAUGCAACAGAAGAUUUACAAUGUGCAUUGCUAUCAUGAAACAUAAAUAACCACAGUAGUUAACUAACUUUGUAACUUAUGUGCAUUCUUAUAAAAGUAUAGUCCAACUGUUUUACAUUUUAAUCUCGUAUUUCGUGUUUCUGCUCUGCAUAGUUGCAAAGCUACUUUUGUUUUCUUUUAUAGACUAUAGAUAUGCAGCAUGUUGUAUGCUGUGAAUGGUAAAAGUUUGUGUUUCUCUAUUUCACUGAAAGAAGUGUUAUAUGGUGUCAAAUUCAACCCGAGACAUUAUUGAAUUCACAACAUAUCCAACAUAAUAUUGCUAUGAGCAUAUGAGGUGCUUGGGGUUGCACAUUUUUAUUCCACUGUUCUGCCUGGCAAUUUAUUAUGCCUAAAUUGGGAAACGUUUUAAUAUUUUUAUUAAUUUCUUUUGUAUUUAGCUGUGUUGUGUGCAAUAUUUAUAUUCCUAAUCUGGAAGUUUUAAAAUGAACCAGGAAUUA